AAGUCGCUAAUUAAGUUCAAAAAAAAUAUUGAAAUUGAUCAAUUUUUUCAACCUUUUCACCAAGUUUGUGAUGCCUGGUGAUGCCAUAAAAUUAUCAAAGAAAAACAGAAUUUUUGGGAGGUUAAAAAAUUCUGAAUAUCAUCUUAAACUAAACUUUACGUCUCAAGAAAAUGGCUCACAACAUUAAAAUUCUACCCGGAGCAACUGUCUGCGAAGACUGUACCUUAGAGGGUGAUAUAACCAUAGGAGGAGGUACAGUUAUUCAUCCGAGAGUCAGCAUUAUAGCUGAAGGCGGACCUAUUAUAAUUGCUGAAUACUGUAUUAUUGAAGAAUAUUCUACUAUAAUACAUAAAAAGAGUGAUAAACAGGAGAAUCCCCCAAAGCCAUUAUUUAUAGGUGCACACAAUGUUUUCGAAGUUGCUUGCAAACUGGAGUCUAUCUAUGGUCAUGUCGGUGAAAGUAAUGUUUUUGAAUGCAGAUCUUUUGUUGGAGAAGAAGUCAAAGUUGGCAGUGGUUGUGUAAUAGGAGCAGCCUGUACAUUAACAGCUCCCCAGAUAUUAGCAGACAAUACAGUGAUCUGGGGCUCAGAGCAUCAUGUUAGAGAAGCUUUAGAGAAACAGCCCUCUCAGUUAUUGCAGCUUGAUUUCUUAAGCAAAGUGAUGCCUAAUUAUCAUAGACUGCGAAAACCAAAUGUCCACAAAAGACAACCAUCAAGACAGUCUCAAGAACCUUCUCCAAAACCUUAGUUUAUUAUUUCUGUGAACAAACAUACAUGAAGUGUAAAAAUAUAUAUUUAUUCUUUUUUAAUACCUAAUAAGGUUCAAUGAAUUUUUAGGUUGCAUUCCAUUCAUAUUUGUAAAUAUUCGCAUGUUUCGCAAGUAAUUAGUCUAACAUGUUACAAAUCUAUUAGCACAUAUUAAAUUAUGAAAUAAAAAUAAAUUAAGGGCAUCCCAAGUACCUACUCAAUCACGAAAAAACAUAAUUUGUACAAGCUUUCUUGUAUGUUAAAUAUCCUUUGGUUGAACUCCAGUAAAAAAGUAAAAGAUUCUUUAAAAAACAAGAAGUUGUCUAUAGUCUGAAAAUAAUGUACAGCUCGACCAAGCUAAGUUUGCACAUCGCAUCGAUUACGUUACAUUGUCGCUUAGGUAUGGUCUGAACAAAGGAUAAGCUAUGACUAAAAAUGUAAAUAUGCAUUUAUUGUUUUUAACAAUAUAUUAUACAUAGGUACAUUAAAAUAUAGCGAUAUCGGGUAUUUGUAUUAAGAUUACCCGGGCGUUCUUGCACUUUUUAAAUUUGUAUCCCAAUUGUUCAGUAAUAAUUUUCCUUUAUGUUUCUUUUUCAGUAUUAUGUUUCUCCCUUCACUGUGUAUCACCUUUCCUUUCAUUUUUGUUGCCCACAACAACCCUUUUAAAUUUGUAUCCCAAUUGUUCAGUAAUAAUUUUCCUUUAGGUUUCUUUUUCAGGAUUAUGUUUCUCCCUUCACUGCGCAUCACCUUUGCUUUCAUUUUUGUUGCCAACAACAACCCUCUCGAAGUAAAAAAAAAUGAACGUUAACCGCUCAGUAACAACAGUUCAAUAAAAACUUAACAAAAAUAGUUCAAUAAUAUAACUAAACUUCAACAAAAAACCUAACAAGAACAAUUAAAAAAUUUAAAAUACAACGGAUAGGGAGGCGAAAACUCGUAUCUCACGUGUUGGCGACAAAGAUGCUAACCAUACUGAUGCAACAGGGUGAUCGCGGGAAGGUGAGCGGGGAAGCGGGCGGGGUGCCGCAUUCCAGCGAGGUGCAAACAUAGCUUGGUCGAGUUGUAGUUCGAAAUAAUUACCGAACCCGAAAUAACAUUUGGUACUAAGAUUAAAUGUUAUACUUGUAUAUCAUAUGUUACUUUUACAGCUUUAAGAGAUUAAAUGUAUGAAUAUGGGAGAGCAA